AUUCACUUGAAAGUGCCUCGCGCAAAUUUGCAAGUUCAAUAGACUGCCUCAUGAAUUACAGAUCACUGUUUGCUUAAUCUAGUGAAUUUUAUAUAAGGACUUGUAGUACAUGGUUUGCACAUUUUCUUAGCUCUCUUGACAAACUUGAGGAUCAGACGUACAUAACGUGGUCGUAUAUCGGGAAACACAGUAUUAUAACAUCGUAGAAUUAAUUCUAUUGAUAACGAAUCAAACAAUUUUUUAAACAAACUAGAAUAUCCGAUUAUGGAUGGGGAAUUGAGAUCACCGCCCGAUAUGGAACUUGAACUGGACAUUGAUGAGGAACCCACCAAGAAAGCAAAGAAAAGUAAAGGGCGGAUAUGCUUAGACAUUUUGAAAAAUAACAUUCUGCUCAUUUUCCUAAUACUGGGAAUGGUGUUGGGGAUCGUAAUGGGAAUUGCGCUUCGCUCACUAAAUCCACCGAUGACUACGACCCAGCUCCGAUACUUCUCUCUUCCUGGUGACUUGUUGCUGCGCAUGCUCAGGAUGAUGAUUCUUCCCCUCAUCGUUUCAUCUCUCAUCACGGGGUUAGCUUCUUUGGACGCAAAUGCGUCUGGAAAGCUCGGGGGCAGAGCAGUUAUCUACUACUUUUCCACCACCAUUAUUGCUGUUAUUCUUGGCAUUGUGCUUGUUGUUUCCAUUAAACCUGGGGAACUGGACAGAAGCACUACAAAUGCUACUGGAACACAAACAGACGAUUCCGUCAAUGCCGCUGACACUGCACUUGAUCUUGUAUACAACAUGCUACCUGAUAAUUUAGUUGAGGCGACGUUUCGUUCGGCGAAAACUAACUACCGAGUGUCAACAAGCUUUCAAGUUAUCAAUGGCACAAACACGUCAGUAAUAACCAGAACUGCAGUGCUCGAUAAGAGAGAUGGGAUGAACAUCCUGGGAGUCCUUGUCUUUACAAUCGCCCUUGGAGUUGUCCUUAGUCGCCUCGGAGAAAGGGCGAAAAUCAUCGUCCUUUUCUUUGACGGUUUAAAUGAGGCGGUCAUGAAGCUUGUGUAUCUCGUCAUAUGGUAUUCCCCCAUUGGUGUCAUGUUCCUAAUUGCUGCCAAACUAAUAGCAAUGGAGGACAUCGGGGAGACAGUGCAGAAAGUGGGCAUGUAUACAGUCACUGUCCUGGCAGGUCUAGGCAUCCAUUCACUCAUUAUUCUACCACUCAUUUACUUGAUUAUCGUUCGGAAGAAUCCCUUUAAGUUUCUCUAUGGCGUCCUCCAAGCUUUGGUCACUGCAUUCGGAACAUCAUCAAGUUCUGCAACUCUGCCCGUUACGUUCAACUGUUUGGAGGAAAAGCUUGGUGUGGACAAGAGGGUAACACGUUUCGUUCUGCCAAUAGGAGCGACUAUCAAUAUGGAUGGUACCGCCCUCUAUGAAGCAGUGGCCGCCAUCUUUAUUGCACAAAUUAACAACAUUCCUUUGGACAUUGGACAAAUAAUUACAAUCAGUUUAACAGCAACACUUGCGUCGAUUGGUGCCGCGGGUAUUCCACAGGCAGGCUUGGUUACUAUGGCAAUUGUACUGACUGCUGUCAACCUACCCGUCGAUGACAUUGCUCUCAUCAUUACAGUAGACUGGUUCCUCGAUCGUUUCCGCACGGCAGUUAAUGUCCUCGGUGAUUCUAUUGGUGCAGGUGUAGUAGAAAAGCUUUCACAUCAACAACUUAGGAAAGAGAUUCCACUUGAGUCUGUUGAAAUUGACCCAAUAGAUUCAAUAUCUUCUAAACUGGACCACCCUCUAAAUGGACAUAUACUACACAACGGCAACAUCAACGAUGCGUAUGUACCCGACCACAAUCUUGACUACAAAGGAAAGCCCAUUGGAGACGAGGCUUUCACAACUUUGUAAUACAACGAAAUGUACUCUGCUAUCACAACACAAAACCGCACAACAAAAAGGGUGAAGGACAUCGAUAUGAGAGGUUUCUCAUACAGGGGACAAUGGGAUAGACAUUGUAGUUGGUGUGGUUACUAAAUGGUGGCAUCACUUGGCCUCGCCUAAACCAAUCAAUUGGUUCCAUGAACUGUACAUUAUUGAUAGUCAUGGGAUUCUACGUACGUUACCCAUGCAUUCCAGAUACUGUAUAUAGCUACGGUACUGCACAUGUACAUACAGUGUAAAUAAUAUACUUUUUUCACGAACCUUAUACUGAGCAUUCUUGUAAAAGGAAAGAAGAGAGUGAAGUUUACAGUUCUAGACCACAUGGUCAUGGAAUGAUUACGAAAGUGGAUCAGAACUCUUUUCUAAAAAACUACCCUUUGGUAAGAAAUGGCAGCUUAAAACAAAUUGUACAUUUUUUACCCUCGUAGAAUGUAUGUGACGGAUACACUAUUUAAUAAAAACUAAGUUACUUGCAAAAUACAUGAGCUUUUACAAUUAAUAUUCAAGAUCACGACCAC